ACGAGGCUGCGCGAAGGUAUAAAAUACCUAACGUGAUAAUGGGUGAUGACAUAUCAACGGCCCUCUGUGCCUCGUCUUAGGUUAUUAUGUGUAUUAUGUGGUUUUAGGUUAUUGCGGGGAGCUAGUAGUAAGCUGGCGUGCGCCUCCUACGAUAUACCUGUCUUGAUAGUUGAGUCUCAAUCAGCUGGUUGGAUUGCAUGCUCGAAUCGUCGCGUGCGCCCGAAUCAGUGUUCGGAAUACACACACGUCGUAUGCGAUCAGCUGCAAUAUCAUCUGACAAAGAAAGGAUAGAAGAUUCAUUCGUAGCUCAAGCUCCAAGAGAAAAGCAUCUCGCAUCGCUGACGGAAUUCCUUUUUGCGGGCUGUACUAUUUUCAAGACAUCCGUUUGGAUAUUCGGUGAAUUGUACUUUUUAGUUUGAUGGGACAUUGAAAUUGGUGAAAUAUGGUUGCUGUGGAGUUGGUGAUUCUUGUUCUUGUGUUGUGGAUGGUCAAGAGUUUUAUUGCCAGGACAUAUGGCAAGCAAUAUCGUUUACCACCUGGGCCUCCUGCCCUACCGCUCAUCGGCAACUUACCCGUGUUCAUGACGGGAAAAGCUCCGUAUCGCGUGAUGAAGGACCUCGCUGACAAAUACGGCAGUGUUUUCUCUCUGAAAAUCGGUUCAACCCCAUUUCUCGUGCUCAACGACGUCGACUCGAUCAGGGAAGCCCUUCACCAUCGCGCAGUCGACUUCGCCGGGCGGCCGUGCCUCUAUUCAGUUAGCCUGAUGAGCCGAAACAACUGCGAUAUCGUUUUUGGAGACUACACCCCCGGUUGGCGGCUGCAUCGUCGGGCCACGGCGGCGGCCCUGCACAAGAAUAUCCGUGGCAAGGGUUGCGAGGCAAUGGGAAUUAAAAUAACCCGCGAGGCGGAAUAUUUCACCCAGCUCCUAAUGAAGAAAGCCGGACCUGUUUGUGACAUCGAAAACGAGCUCAACCUCGCCAUCAUCAACAUCAUUUCACAGCUCACAUUCGCCACUAGAUAUACAUUGGAUGACCCCGAAUACCAGGCACUGGUCGACAGCAAUCAAAAGUUCUCCAGUCUCCUGAAACCUGGCGACCCCAUUGAUGUUUUUCCAGCUCUCUCGAUCUUCCCGAGCAAAAAGCUUCGCCUUGUGCAGGAACUCAUUAGCAGCCGCGACGCCAUUCUGCAGAAGAAAUACGAUGAGCACCUCGCAUCCUUUGACCCAACAAACAUCCGGGACAUCACAGAUACGCUGAUCGCCACCAUGAAGGAAUCCAAAGAUCAAAACGGAAAUGACGUAUUCUGCGCCGACCACGUGGUUAUGGCAACUUGGGAUAUGUUUCUUGGAGGCUACGAAGCUACCUACAAGACGAUUAAGUGGGCCAUUGCAUUCUUAAUCCACCAUCCAGAGGUCCAGGCCAAAAUCCAGUCAGAAAUGGCAGUGGGUAUCGGGGACAGGAUGCCUACCUGGGAAGACCGUGCCAAAUUGCCAUACCUUGAGGCCACAGUAUUGGAAACUCUUCGACAAAGCUCCAUGUCCUCCAUGAAUGGACCUAGACGGACAACGUGUGAUACACAUGUCAAGGGUUAUGACGUUCCAAAGGAUACCACGGUAUUCUGCAACCUCUGGUGGGUGCAUCACGAUCCAAAGAACUGGAAAGACCCGAGCAGUUUUAGACCAGAGCAUUUCCUAACAGACGAUGGCAAGGUCUCUGUCCCACGCACCUUCCUCGCCUUCUCCUUGGGUAGUCGAGCAUGCAUCGGUAGUCAACUCGCUCUUAUGCAGCUUAUACUUCUCCUCGGCGGUCUGUUACAAAGGUUUAACCUGCGCCAAGCUGUUGGAGAGCCUAUGCCAAACCUAGAACCCGGCUCUGAGCUGGUCAGGACAGUAUGCGACUAUACCUUGAAUCUGGAGGUUCGGUAAAACCCGGUACACCAUCCAAGAAACAAAGACAUUCACCCAAAGGAUUCGUAUUGGACUCGCCGCCAUGUUGCCGUUCCGACCUGAGAGAAUAACUUGGUCGGUGGUAUCUGCAGUGGCACGGUAUCUUGAAACGGUGCAUGACUUAAAUAGCAAGAGAAACUAGAUUAUUUUCAUGAAAAUUGUUAUCGAUUUUAUGAGAUUUACGUCAAAUUAUAUACCUCAUCAACGAUUGAGUAGCAACAUGCCAGGUCAAAGGUGAGCAGGAAUGCAUUCAUUGUGUAUUCGCAGAUGGCGUCGUGAUCGUUUAUACGUAUCGUAUCGAUGUAUCGUUUGCGAAAGGAGAAUGCUCUGUGUGAAGACUACAUUGGGAUUUAAACCGGCUUGUGAUGUUUGUCGUGUUUCAAUGGAGAUUUUGUAAACUUAAGUCUUUCAAAUCUUGAUUUUUAUACAUUUGUUUUAAUGUGACCACUUAUGUCAAUAACAUCAAAGGGCAUGGCCUUUUAAACCUAUAUUUCCAAAGAUGAAAGUGGUAAAACAAUGUGUUCUUUGAUGAAUUCAUCCUCAAGCAAAAAGGCAUCUUUUAACCCGUCAUGUAAUAAUUGUGUUCAGAUUGUGAAUUCUGAAAAUUGCCAAAUGUGAAUCAUAAUUCUUAAAAAUGAAGAGUCGGAUUUGCUGGAUGUAGGUUGGGGAAGAUGCUUGUUGAAAACAAGUUAAAAUCAUAAUACUGUCACAUAUCACAAUGUUUUUUUUUAUUACAUUUGUUUUUAUUUCCUAACUUCUUGGAUCUAUUCGAUUCAAGCUUUUGGAGUUUGUCCUCAAAUUGGAACGUAUUCUUUUAGAAUUUAUAGACUUUCAAAGUUUAUUCAGAUAUUUAGGGUUAUACAUUAUAGUAUAUAGCUUGAUUUUUCGUUC